AAGAAAAUUUAUACAUAAUUAAGAUAAAAGGUACAUAUGAUAAAAAUCAUGUUGCUGAAAUAAAAAUACCGAUAUAGAAACGAGUGAUGAGAAAGAGAGGCAAAGCGAGAGUGAGAGAAGGUGACCGUCGGACACGGGCUAGAAAGACGGCACAGAGUGAAGAGAAAGUCAGAUCACAGCAGAGAUACCAGCAGAGAAGGAGGGUACCAUACCAGCUAAGGAAGAAGCAGUACGAGCAGAACCAGGUGGUUGAAAGGAAGCAAGGAGAUUCCUAUGACUGGGGCUUUCCAAGGAGAAGAAGCAGAAAUGGCGACAGGUUUGGUUUUGUCAGAUUUCUUGAUGUGAAGAAUAGAGAAGAGCUUGAAAGAAAGCUAGAUAAUAUCUGGAUCGGUGAUCGCAAACUUUGGGUAAACUCUCCAAGAUAUGAAGACAACCAGAAAGAAGGGAGGGAAACAAAACCCAGACCCAUCUCGGAGCCACAAGUACGAAACAGGAGCUACGCAGAGGUUCUGAAAGGGCAACAAUCGAACAGGAGGGAAAAAUUCUACAUGGAAGGGUAUUUCUCCUGUCAAAUUCGAGCGAUGGGGGGAAGAUUGGUUCUAAUGGACUGCGAGGAUAAGGAAGAGCUGAAAGACCUGGUUGAAUCAGCAUCAGAAUGGCUGGGCCAAUGGUUCGAGAAGGUGUGCCCAUGGACCCCAGAUCUGGUAGCAGAAGAAAGAUUCGUUUGGAUCAGAUGUCAAGGUGUGCCGUUAAACGUCUGGGGGCCAACAUUCUUUGCUUCGAUGGGGUGCUCAUGGGGCAAGUUCAUUUGUCUAGAUGACAGCACAAGUCAUAGGAGGAGGUUUGACAUAGCCAGAUUUUUAAUCUCGACCCCAAUUAUGAACACCAUUUCAGUGACGAGACAAAUCAAAAUUGACGGGUCCGUGUAUAAGCUCAAGUUCACAGAGGAGGAAUUUACCAAUAGUUUCUUCUCUUUGAAACAGGACUUCAUCCCUCAUUUCAAUAGCGAUUCAGAAGAUCAAGAAACAUGGUCUAUGGACAGUGAGAAGGAGGAUUGUGCCAGUAUAGGGGCAGGGGAGGAAGAACAGGGGAAGGACGCCUCAGCCGAGAAUGAGGAAGAUGAAGAUGACGUGGCAUGCAACAAAGAGGAGUCGUACGAAGUGUUCCCUAGAAACGGUCUGCAGGAGGAGGAGGAGACAGUUGAGCAAGUGGCGGACAGCCUGGAGCAGAUUCAAAUUUCGAACAAAGAAAAAAUCAACUUAAGUGAAGAGAAAAGGAAGCAGCAAGCGGGAAAUGGUGUCAAGGUAGGGCAGUCGGCUAAAGCUGGAAAAAAGAGGCUGGGCUUACAAAAGGGCUCUACGUUGGGCCUUAAUGGGAAACCCAUCUCUCAAAAAGCUAGCCCAUGCUAUGUGGACUCCUUAAGUGUGGAGCCGGGUAUUAAUGAAGGGAGUUUAAAGUCAAAAUCAGAGAAAGUAAAGGAACAUUCGGGAGGAAGGAAAGCUGCACCAUGUUGCAGCGAAGAAGAUCAGCAGCAUGAUGAACAAGGAGAUCCCAACGGGCAGGACUGCACAAGUGCAAACAAACAGAUGCAAAUCUGCAAGCAAAGAAGCAAGGAGGGUGUCUCAAAAAGGAAGAAGAAGAUCCACUUGUGCAGCUCGGUCUACCUCAAGGCGAGAAAAACAGGGGAAGGAAUCCAGAGGGGGAAAAGGUGCGAAAGGCAAAAGACGAAACCAGUGAAGGGAACGGGGGUGCCGGAAUUCAUUGUGUGUCCAGAUGGAAAGGUCGCGGGUGAAUCGGUUGGCGACAGCGGGAUUCAAAAUUGCAACCGAGCUCUGAGGAAGCAGUUGCAAAAUCAGCUGGCAAAAGACAUAUGGGAUUUAGCAAAAAGAUUGGGCGUCACAGUAGAAAACGAAGAGGAGAUUAUGCAAAAAUUUGUAGAAAUGGAGGGUAGAGAUAGACAAGGCAAAGAAGAUAUGGUGAAGAGAGUGUCAGAGGACGCUAAGAAGGUGUUUAACAAGACAGAGGUGAUUGAGGGGCAACACUUCACGGGGGUGUUUGGGGUAUGGGAGGAGGACCUGAUGCCGAUCCACAUCCUUAAUAUCUAUUCUCCAUGCCAUUUAGAAGGAAAAAGAGUGCUAUGGGAGGAGCUGGGAAAGCUGAUCACUAGUAGAAGAGGCAAUUGGAUUUUGGGGGGAGAUUUCAAUGCAGCAAGAACAGUAGGGGAUAGAGCAGGAUGCAGCGGGAUAACCAGGGAAAUGAGGGAGUUUGAUAGCUUUAUCCAUGUCUCUGGGCUGGUUGAUUUACCACUGGCGGGCAGAAAAUAUACUUGGCACAGUGCAAAUGGACAGCAUAGGAGCAGGAUAGAUAGGUUUUUGGUUUCGGAUGAAUGCCUGAAGAAGUGGAAUGACUUAAAACAAUGGGGAUUGGGAAGAUCAGUAUCCGAUCAUUGCCCAUUACUCUUGAAAAAUGAAAAGGUAGAUUGGGGCCCAAAACCCUUUAAAUUUUUUGAUGCUUGGUUGGAACACCCUGAGUGUAAGGAAGUAAUUAGCAAAGUGUGGAAAUCUGUAGAGGUGAGGGGGUGGAAGGGGUUCAGACUUAAGGAGAAGCUAAAAGAAACAAAAAAAGCCCUGAAGGAAUGGAGUGCUAAUCACAUAGCAGAAGUUGAUAGAAGAAUAAUUGAAGCAGAAAGGACCAUAGCUAAAAUGGAUGAAAAAGAAGAGUACAGCCAACUCUCAGAAGAAGACAUUGAGAAAAGAAGGAAUGGAUUCCUGGAUCUCUGGAAGAACAUGAAGAUACAAGAGAGUAUAUGGAGAAGAAAUGAAAUCAACAGUAUUCAGAUUGGGGGAGAGCUAUGUAGAGGUGUGAAUGAGAUCAAGGAAGGCGUGAAGAAUUAUUUCAAGGGGCUAUUCUCGGAAAAAGAGUGGCAGCGACCAAAGCUAGACGGCAUCAGCUUUAAACAGAUAGACAAAUCAGACAAUGAUCUUCUGACGGCCACUUUCUCAGAAGAGGAAAUUAAAAACGCAGUGUGGGAUUGCGACUCAUCUAAAUCUCCUGGGCCGGAUGGCUUUAAUUUCAGGUUCAUAAAGGCAAUGUGGGAGGACAUAAAUCAGGACGUCAUUGGAUUCGUACAGGAAUUUCAUGAGCAUGGCAAGCUGGUUCGAGGCUCCAACUCCUCUUUCAUCGCCUUGAUCCCUAAGGUUGAAAACCCCCAUAGAAUUGAAGACUACAGACCUAUAUCACUCAUUGGAGUUAUGUACAAGAUCCUAGCUAAGCUUCUAGCAAAUCGCCUCAGGAAAGUUCUUGACAAGAUCAUCGGGGAGCAACAAAUGGCAUUCAUAGAAGGUAGACAGUUGAUGGACGGAGUGGUGAUAGCAAACGAGGUGAUCGAUGAGGCAAAAAGGAAGAGGAAGAAGAGUUUUCUAUUCAAAGUGGAAUUCGAAAAAGCUUACGACAAGGUUAGUUGGGAUUUUAUUGACUAUAUGCUUAUGAGGACGGGUUUUACAGUCACUUGGAGAAAUUGGAUAAAGGAAUGCCUCCAAUCGAGUAUGAUCUCGAUCCUAGUGAACGGAAGCCCAACUCAGCAAUUCCCGGUUAGCAAAGGAAUCAGGCAAGGUGACCCGCUCUCCCCCUUCUUAUUUCUGUUAGUAGCAGAAGGUCUAAAUGGGUUAAUGCAAUUUGCCAAUGAGAAAAAUAUAUUCAAAGGGGUAAAGAUUGGAAACGGGAACUUGUCAGUAUCACACCUCCAAUUUGCUGAUGACACACUGUUUUUUGGAGAGGCUUCGGAAGAAAACAUUCAAGCAAUAAAAAGUAUCAUGAGGACCUUCGAAUUGGUGUUGGGUCUGAAAAUCAAUUUUGGCAAGAGUCAGAUAAUGGGGGUCGGGACAGAGGAUGGUUGGAAGGAGAGGAUGGCUUACAGACUGUGUUGCAAGGCGGGUGAUCUCCCUUUUAAAUAUUUGGGAACUCCAGUCGGAGGGAAUCACAGGAGGAUAGCAAUGUGGCAACCAUUGGUGAACACCUUUAAAAAGAAACUUGCUAGCUGGAAAGGGCAAAACUUAUCUCUGGGAGGCCGAAUCACUCUCUUAAAUUCUGUGCUGUCUAGCUUACCCGUGUACCUGAUGUCUGCUACAAAAUACCCAAAGAGGGUGUGCAGGAAAAAGGAGUGUGGAGGUCUAGGAGUGAAGGAUUUGAGGAAAUUCAAUAUGGCAUUGUUGGGUAAAUGGUGGGGGAGGUUAGCAAAAAGGGAAGAGGGACUAUGGAGCAAAGUGAUAUCAAGUAAGUAUGGAGAGAAUGGCGGGCAUUGGUUGGACUGGGUAAGGGAUAGGAGUGGUGGAGGAUCAACAUGGUGGAGAGACAUCCAAAACUUAAAUGCUGGAGAUGGGGGGAAUGCAGGAUGGCUAGUGGAGGGUUUUAGGAUUACGGUCGGUGAGGGGAAAAGAGUGAGCUUCUGGUGGGAUGAGUGGUGUGGGGAGAUCUGCUUGGCUAAUAAAUUCCCUAGAUUGUACACCUUAUCUACAGGGAGCGCUGACAAAUGGGAGUGGACACACAGCACCGACGGAGAGUAUUCAACGGCAUCAGCCUACGCAAUAUUAACAAAACAUAGGAGGGAAGAGGAGGAAGCAGAAAUGUAUAAAAGAGUAUGGAAUCCUAGCAUCCCAACCAAAGUGGUGGCUUUCAAUUGGAAGGUAUUACUUGAUAGAAUACCAACCAAGUUAAACUUGUCAAAACGGGAGGUCAUAAAGGAGGGGGAAGAAAGGAAAUGUAUUCUAUGUGAAGAGGAAGAGGAAGAUUCCAGCCACCUAUUCCUGAAAUGUAAAAUAGCCAAAUGGCUGUGGAAAGCUUGCGCAAACUGGUGGGGCAUCAAAGUAGAACUACAAAACGAAUGCAGGAGGACGUUUCAGCUCUUUGGCGCCUGGACCAAAAAGCCACACAAAAGAGAAAGGUGGGAUUGUAUUUGGAACGCAGUCAUAUGGUCAGUGUGGAUGGCAAGAAACAAAAAGAUCUUUGACAGUGUCGAGAGUGAAGUAGGAGGGGUUAGAGAGAUGGUAGUAACACUAAUUGUGCUUAUUCCUGUUCAAUGAUGGUUUUAGUUGAUGUUAAUGUAAAAGGGUUUGAGUACCCCUUGUACUCAAGAUAGUAAUGGAACUUUUGCUGUUCAAAAAAAUAAAAGGUACAUAUGAUAUGCAUGUAAAUAAGAUGUGUAUAUGCAUGUAAAUAAAUUAUAGAUUAACAA